CCGGAGCAAACUCACACGGUCUAAUAUACUUGCUCCAAGUCAUAGCAAUGGCGGGGAGCAGCGCUUUCGGCACUUUCAGAUGGCUGUCUCGCAGCUCAAGGGGUCUUCUUUCUGGAACUGAAGCCACCACGCAGCGAUGCCUCUCGCGAUCUUUGGCUACGAUUACAGAGGCUCCGGCAGUCAACGUGCCUCCUUCGAGAGAAGAACUUCUUGCCAAGUGGGCUCCUAAACCGGUUCUGGCGACUACCUACUCAUUCCCUACAAUGGAACCCGUCCAGUUCGUGGAAUACGCCCGGAACCACCUCAUGAUGCCUCUCCGAAAAGAUAUCCUUCACCGCGCGGUCGUUUACGAGGGUGACAUGACCCGACAAGGUACAGCAAGCACCAAGUGGAGGGGUGAUGUACAUGGAAGCAACCGGAAGCUGUACGCGCAAAAGGGUACUGGCCGGGCGCGUGUGGGUGACAAGAAGUCGCCAAUUCGACGAGGUGGUGGUGUUGCCUUCGGUCCCCAUCCGCGAGACUUCUCCACUGAGCUUCCCAGGAAGAUCUACGACCAGGCCUGGCGUAUUGCACUCAGCUACCGAUACAGGCGAGGUCAGCUCAUCAUUAUUGACAACGAGAUUGGCAUUCCGGAAGACGCUACGCCAUAUUUUAUCAAGGAGAUCUUUAAGUUUAACCGCUGGGGGCGGGAGUUUGGGCGAUCGACUCUGAUUACAGACAGAGUGCACGAGGAGCUGUUCGAAACUGUGCGUUCGGUAGGAGAGGACGCAAAAAUCCUCGACCGUGGAGAUGUUGACGUGAAGGAUUUGCUGGAGACCGGCCGAUUGAUCGUGGAGAAGAGGGCAUUGGAUCGCAUUCUGAAGGAGCACUCGCGGGAUUUGAACAACAAACCCGCGAAGGCUACAUAUUGAUUGUAUUACGUUGAGCCAUCGGGCUACUGAUAUUACCAGUCACUUGAUUGGAUGUACAAAUAGUAUUUUUCCUUACUGCAUGAAUGAGUU